AACACGGUAUGAUGUUAGUGACGUCACACGUAAAUAAAUGUAAUUCGUGAUGUGUCAUUCGAUCAACAACAGUAUGCCGGUCAAAACAAAAUUAGGUACUUAAAAUCUGAUAAAAAAUAAAUAUAUCGUUAUACGUGAUAAGCUGAUGAGUGAUAAUGUUACUAGAUAUUUAUGGUUUUGCCUUAAAUAAAAUUGAUUUGUAACUUCAUUUUUGUAUAUGUCCGAACGAGUUAUAAUGUAUGGAAAAUCAUCUCUUACUAUCCUACGAUCACUAGCACGUGAACUCCGGUCUUUCACUUCUAAUGGUAAGUUACUCAACAAACCUCUGAUGCAAUGGAUUCUGUCUGAAUACCGAUCCAACUUAGUAACUUCGGCGCAAUAUUGUCGUGGACCCAAUGAGAUGAUAUGGAUUGGUGAUACAUAUUUACAAUAUAUACGAGCACAACGUGUAUAUCGUGAGCUCACCAAUAAACAUCAAAGACGUGAGAAAACUGUUCAAGAAACAGCAGACAUGAUUGGAUUUAGAUUACCUCAAUCAACACCAGAUGAUAAAGUUAAUUGAAAUAUUUACAGUAUUUGUAGACAUUUAUUUUUUAGAGACAUUAUUAAAAAUACAAUUUUAGUUAUA